UCCAUUCAGCCGCAUCCACCCGCGGCGGGGAGAGCCGCGCUCCCGCCGCCGGAGCCGCGCCAGCCCCGGCCAUGGCCGCCACCGACCUGGAGCGCUUCUCGAAUGAAGAGAAGAGGAACCUUUCCCUGGGGGGCCAUGUCGGCUUCGACAGUCUCCCUGAUCAGCUGGUCAGCAAGUCUGUCACACAAGGCUUCAGCUUCAACAUCCUCUGUGUGGGUGAGACCGGCAUUGGGAAAUCCACACUAAUGAAUACCCUCUUCAAUACCACAUUUGAGACGGAGGAAGCCAGUCACUAUGAGAGCGCAGUUCGCUUGCGGCCACGGACCUACGACCUGCAGGAGAGCAACGUCCACCUGAAGCUAACGAUUGUGGAUGCGGUUGGAUUUGGGGAUCAGAUAAAUAAAGAUGAAAGUUACAGGCCGAUAGUUGAGUACAUUGAUACGCAGUUUGAAAACUAUUUGCAAGAAGAGCUGAAAAUCCGCCGAUCUCUCUUCAACUAUCAUGACACGAGGAUUCACGUCUGCCUGUACUUCAUCACCCCAACCGGGCACUCGCUCAAGUCCUUGGACCUGGUGACAAUGAAGAAGCUGGAUAGCAAGGUGAACAUCAUCCCGAUUAUUGCCAAAGCAGACACCAUCUCCAAAAGCGAGUUGCACAAGUUCAAGAUAAAGAUAAUGAGCGAGCUGGUCAGCAAUGGUGUGCAGAUCUAUCAGUUCCCCACAGACGACGAAGCAGUCGCUGAGAUCAACUCUGUGAUGAACGCUCAUCUGCCCUUCGCUGUGGUCGGCAGCACGGAGGAGGUGAAGGUUGGGAACAAGCUGGUGAGAGCUCGGCAGUACCCGUGGGGAGUGGUGCAAGUGGAGAAUGAAAGUCACUGUGACUUUGUGAAACUGCGGGAAAUGCUGAUUCGAGUCAACAUGGAGGAUCUUCGGGAGCAGACUCACACCCGCCACUAUGAGCUGUACCGGAGGUGCAAACUGGAAGAGAUGGGCUUCAAGGACACGGAUCCAGACAGCCAGCCCUUCAGCCUCCAAGAAACAUAUGAGACCAAAAGGAAAGAGUUCUUGGGCGAGCUCCAGAAGAAAGAGGAAGAAAUGAGACAAAUGUUUGUUAACAAAGUCAAGGAGACGGAGGCAGAGCUGAAAGAGAAGGAGAGAGAGCUGCACGAGAAAUUUGAGCACUUAAAAAGGAUACACCAGGAAGAGAAAAGGAAGGUGGAGGAGAAGAGGAGGGAGCUGGAGGACGAGAUGAAUGCCUUCAACAGGCGGAAAGUAGCGGUGGAAACCUUGCAGUCCCAAUCCUUGCAGGCUACCUCACAGCAGCCGCUGAAGAAGGACAAAGACAAGAAAAAUUAAUCACACACAGACUUUCAGGCCAAGAGUGGACUUGGUGCUUUCAUGUGUUAAGUUGCUUGAGUUUCCCACCCUGUGACCCUUCUCAUAACAUUGUGUGAGUGGACCAAAGUGAAAGAGAAAAUGAGCAUCUUCGGUGGUUGCAGUGUAACGACUCGCUGUUAUCUGUACAGAAUUUAUCAGGAGGUUUUAAGGAAGUAACCUUACCAUGUACAUUUUGUUAAACAAAGUCAACUAAUCCCUGAAGUAAGAUGUUUUUGUUCUAAACCCAGUGAUUGAGCAGCCGUGUAUAAAGUGACCAUAACUGUUUGUCUGAACUCAUCUUACCCACCAGCUAAAUAAUUGCUUUCUAGAUUUAUUUUUUUUUUUAAUUGGCUGAGGUGACUGCUUGAGGCUCAUCUGCCUUCCCCUGUACAUGCACAAAUGUGAGGAGUGGUAUGAAGAAUGCUGAAAGGUUUAUUUUUCUAACAAAAUUCUCGAUUUGAAUAAGUUUUUAGCAUGGGUAGAAGAACACAAUGCUUAGGCUUUCUGCCCUGGGAAUCUUAGUCAGAGUAACCCUCAUUCCAGUAAUUAUAUAUUUUAAUCCUGAAUUACUCUAAACACUUUCUACAUCAUUUCUAAUAUAUAUAUAUAAAAAGAGAGAGAGAGUGCUUAAUGAAAUUCAUGGGACAAUGUUUUGAAUUUUCUUUACUGCUAAAGUAGAACAUUUAUAUAGAAAGAUUUUUUCAUAAGAGUCUGUUGUAUAAUGUGGAACUACAGGAUUUGUGUAACUUCUCAGUUGUCAUUUACCAGUGUGUUUUACUGUUGUGGAAAAACUAUUUAAGUGGUCAUCUUUACUUUUACUCUUUAACCUUAAACUUAUUAUGUGCCUAAUAAGGAGAAUCCCCUGAUCUUGAGCUGUGUACCAUAUUUGUGCUGCUAGGCUCUAUUCCUCUUAGAAGGUGCUUCCUUUAACACUCCUCAUGCCUAGAAACCACAGCCUUGUCUUCCUGGGCAACUGAGCUUAGAGGAAUAAUUAGGAUCAAUAUUAUUUUUUUCCACUCAAACCAUUUUGUGAUAAGGCAGGACGAUAACUGACUAGAGACUUACUAGCUAUGUUGUCAUGGAAAAAUAGUUGGACGCAAUUCCGUCUAUCCAUCAGAUAACAGGAUAAAAGAAAGCAAAUAUUUUAUAUUGACCCCCACGUAGUAUCUUUAGAGUUUAUAAAAACACUGGCUGGCUAAGUGUUAGUUGUGAGUGUGUGCAUUGUUAUUUAGUUAUUAAUGUUACAGGAUUUUUCUGAUAUUUUUUUUUUUCUUAAAGACUUGUCUUUAAGCUGUCAGCAAAUUCCUUAUUUGACUUGCAGAUGGAGAUGCACGGCCUUGCAUCUGUGCCGUUACAGGUCUGUUUGAGGGUAACAUUCUGCUGGAUUGUCAGAUGAGGUUCUUCAACUUGCAUAUCCCAUUAAAGCAGCUUUUGGGGUUUUUUUCCCCUUCUCUUUCUAAAUACGUGCUCAGGUGUUAAACUGUUUUCAUAUGGACAUUGGCCUUUUAUAUGGAUAUACUGAAAAUCAUGUCAGUGUUACUUGAUCCGUGUAAGAAAGAACCUCACGAAGAUCUCACAGGUACCUUUUAGAACAGGCCAUUUUUCAAAGAGUAAAAAUUACGCGCGCUUGUUAGGAGUCUGCUGAAAGCUGAACGUUUAAUUUCUAAGGCUGUGCCUCCAGGUUAGAUGUAUUUUAAAGAGUAACUGUCAAAUGUUAGGAGGGUUAACGUGUGUUUCUCAGAGAAACGUACAAGAAACCCAACCUAUUGUUACAUGCAAGAUGACAAUUCCAGCUCACCACCACCUACAGUCCAAUCGUGUAACAAAUAAGGGGCAGGAUUUUGAUUUUUGCUAAUGAGAGAAACUCUGGUGCGCUAAUUGCAUGAGUCAGCAGCCCGAUUUGGUUCAUUGUUUUGCUUCUCGAGGCCAAUGCUACGAAGGCUGGGAUAAAACAGGAACUGAUGAUAGUGGGUAUGCAAACUGCUGCCUCGCCAUCGCUUUUCCAGUCGAUAGUUUUCUCCCGAUCUCAUGCUGCAGCCAGCAAGAUCUAUGCAAGUGAUUUCUACCUGCCCUGGCUCAUCAGAGAUCAAUUCUUUUUCUCCUAGAAUAACAGGUAGUUAAGAAUAAUGAUGAUAACAAUGAAAGAGUAAAAACCUUCAAAUCCAUGGGCAUUGUGGAGAAAUUUCCAGCUUUUUCUGAUGAAGACGUUCAGAAUGUAUGUAACAAUAUUUUAAUGAUGAUGAUUAUUAUAUUACAUUGACUUUAUGUUGUGACAGACAUACCUUUUCCUUGUAGUUACUUGUUCUUUAGAGCAGUCAACAUCAUAAUCUCCCCAGUGGGACUCAGUCUUUUUUUUUCCUCCAGUACUUGAUUUUUCCUUUUGGCUGAGACAAGAUUUAAGUAUGUGGUAUAUAGGGUAGUUCUGUAUCUUAUUUUUAUUUAACAAGUUACAAAUACGUGGUGAUGCUAAUCUCACUCCAGUCCGAAGAUUUACAUCUUGUAGGCUAGAAGAAGAGAAAGAAAAACCCUUCAGAAAUGACUGAAACUAUUCAGUUACACAUCUUUCACCUGUUUUAUACAUUUAUCUGUAAAAGGUUGGUAUUAAUGGGAAAAGCUAUCCAUUUUCUUUUUAUCAUUUAAACAUUUACCAUCAUGUACGUUGUCUGCUUUCUAAUUUAAAAUGUAUUUUGCGGGGCUCUAAGCUCUGUAGGCUUCCCGUCUGGCUGUGGUGGGUGCCCCAGGGGUGGAGAUGGGGCGGUUGGCUCGGAGCACGUGGAGGUGCCUUGGGGACCUGCCCGGGGCGGGAGCAGCCUCUCGGACGGGCUGCAUCCCUUCCCUUUGUCAUUCCCGAUGUGCUGGGGUGUGCUUUGUGUUGGUUUGGUUGGGGUUUUUUUGGUUUGGUGUUUUCUUUUUUUUGGACUUUCAUUUCUUUCCACUCACUUUGUACUUUUUUUUCUUUUAUUAAAUCUCACAUGUAUUUUCA